CCAAGUCUUGAUAUGCAACAGCGUCACUUUCGAAUUUGCCAUCCAUCGCACAACGAUGCCAACACUGCCCACUUGGUUGUCCUUUUCCAAGAAGCGCACGCCGUCGACCACGGCGCUUGAUCCCUCCGUCGAGUACCAAUACUACGACAACGCGGUGCUACCAUCGCCGACGCUCGAGUCGCCGAAGCGCGACCGGAUCGAAUCCAUCUCGUCCGACACGACGACAGCCAACACGGAGGACCUAGAGCCUCGGUCGAGCCCCAAGCAGCUCAUAUCGACCAACAACGUCUACCAACGCUGCCCGCCGAGCCCAAUUCGGUUUGCAAUCAAGCACGUCGCGUACAACAAGCGUAGCCGUCCCGUCUCGAGCCCGAUUGCCUUGACGGGUCACGCUCGGUGGCAGCCGCCCAUGAGUCCCAUCCAGAAGCACAUUGCGUGAACAUUGCAGCUGUCCUAUCUAUUUAAAACAAACGAAUCGACGAUGU